AAAAGAAGAUGCCUCUACCUUUUGGGUUAAAAUUGAAACGAACUCGACGUUACACAGUAUCCAGCAAGAGUUGCUUGGUGGCUCGUAUCCAGCUGCUCAACAAUGAAUUUGUGGAGUUCACGCUGUCGGUGGAAAGCACGGGCCAGGAAAGUCUGGAAGCAGUGGCCCAGAGGCUUGAAUUGCGGGAGAUUACAUAUUUCAGUCUGUGGUAUUAUAAUAAGCAGAAUCAGCGCAGAUGGGUAGAUUUGGACAAGCCUCUGAAAAAGCAGCUGGACAAAUAUGCCUUGGAGCCAACUGUGUAUUUUGGAGUAGUGUUCUAUGUGCCUACUGUUUCUCAGCUUCAGCAGGAGAUUACCAGGUAUCAGUAUUAUUUGCAAUUAAAGAAAGAUAUCUUGGAGGGCAACAUUCCUUGCACACUGGAACAAGCAAUACAUCUGGCUGGUUUAGCUGUUCAGGCUGAUUUUGGAGACUAUGAUCAGUAUGAAUCUCAGGAGUUUCUACAAAGAUUUGCUUUGUUUCCAGUGGGUUGGCUACAAGAAGAAAAAAUAUUGGAAGAAGCGACACAGAAAGUUGCCUUGCUACAUCAGAAGUACAGAGGCCUUACUCCUCCUGACGCAGAAAUGUUAUAUAUGCAAGAAGUAGAGAGAAUGGAAGGCUACGGUGAAGAGACCUAUCCUGCAAAGGACAGCCAAGGAAGUGACAUAUUCAUUGGAGCAUGUCUUGAUGGUAUCUUUGUGAAACACAAAAAUGGUCGUCCUCCUGUUGUAUUUAGGUGGCAUGAUAUUGCCAACAUGUCGCACAACAAAUCCUUUUUCGCAUUAGAGCUGGCAAACAAAGAAGAGACAAUCCAGUUCCAAACUGAAGAUAUGGAAACAGCAAAAUACGUGUGGAGGAUGUGUGUGGCUAGACACAAAUUUUACAGACUAAAUAAAUGCAGCCUACAAACCCAGCCCGUUACAGUAAACCCUGUUAGAAGGCGGUCUUCGUCCAGGAUGUCUAUGCCCAAGCCUCAGCCCUAUAUGAUGCCUCCACCACCUCAGCUGCAUUACAAUGGUCAUUACACAGAACCAUAUGCAUCCUCCCAAGAUAACCUCUUUGUGAGCAGUCAGAAUGGAUACUACUGUCACUCUCAGACUAGCUUGGAUAGAGCCCCUCAUGACUACAGUGGUCGGAUCCGCAAUGGUAGUGUCUAUAGUGCACAUAGCACAAACUCCUUGAACAAUCCACAACAUUACUUGCAGCCGUCCCCCAUGUCCUCUAACCCAAGCAUUACUGGAAGCGAUGUCCUCAGAACUGAUUAUGUCCCAUCACAUAGACACAGUGCACUAAUACCACCUUCUUACCGUCCCACGCCAGACUAUGAAACUGUGAUGAGACAGCUCAACAGGGGAAUGGUGCACACAGAUAGGCAGAGUCAUUCAAUGAGAAAUCUUAACAUCGGCAAUUCAUAUGCUUACAGCAGGCCUGAUGCCUUAGUUUACAGUCAACCUGAAAUACGAGAACAUGCUCACUUCACUUCCCCACAAUCUAACCAUUAUCCAUUUAACCUGAACUACAGUUUUCAUAGCCAAUCCCCCUAUCCCUAUCCUGCCGAAAAGCGCCCAGUGGUUGGGGCAGUCAGUGUGCCUGAGUUGACAAAUGUGCAGCUCCAAGCUCAGGACUAUCCAGCACCAAAUAUAAUGAAGACCCAAGUCUAUCGACCGCCUCCCCCAUACCCGUACCCAAGACCUGCAAAUAGUACUCCAGACCUUUCACGACAUAUCUACAUUAGCAGCAGCAAUCCAGAUCUUAUCACAAGGCGAGUGCACCAUUCUGUCCAGACAUUUCAGGAAGACAGUCUGCCCGUAGCACAUUCUCUUCAGGAAGUCAGUGAACCUCUAACAUCGGCACGCCGUGCUCAGCUGCAGAAAAGGAACAGUAUUGAAAUAGCAGGCUUGACUCCCAGCUUUGAAGGAAUAAGAAUUAAAGAGAGGACCAUGUCAGCUUCUGCAGCAGAUGUGGCUCUUCCAAGAGUUAUCUCAGAAGGGUCACAGCCCAAUAUUCUGAUGGAGAGAACAAAGCAGAAAGAAAGUGAACAAGAAGAAAGUGUGAACUGUGAUCAUAAGAAAACCCUUUCAGAUGCCACUAUGCUGAUACACAGUAGUGAGGAAGAAGAAGAAUUUGAAGAAGAAAACAAGGCUAGUACAAGUCUUUCUCCUCUCCCUGAAGAUCAAACCCAACUUUCAUCCAUUAUGGGUGGUUAUUCUCAUGAUUCAGUAUUGAACUACCCUUAUAGCUCUGUUGCUUCAUCUGCUGGCCCCUUGCAUAUUCUUGAGCCUAAAUUACAUAUUACAGAGACGGAAAAGAGAAUGAAAGAUAUGAGCCCCAUUCAUUUACUAGUAGAAAGCCAGGUACAGAGAAGAGGGGAAGGACUGCUUACUCCGUCUAUGUCGGAAUCUGAUCUUACAACAUCAGGGAGAUACAGAGUAAGGAAAGAUUCCAUAAAGAAGAGACCUGUGUCCGAUCUUUUGUCUGGGAAGAAGAAUAUUGUGGAAGGCCUUCCCCCGCUAGGUGGUAUGAAAAAGAACAAAAAUGAUGCAAAAAAAAUAGGGCCUCUAAAGCUAGCUGCCCUAAAUGGACUAGCUUUGACUAGAAUGCCUCUGCCAGAUGAGGGAAAGGAAGAAUCAACAAGAGCAACAAAUGACGAACGGUGUAAAGUUCUGGAACAACGGUUAGAGCAGGGGAUGGUAUUUACUGAAUAUGAGCGCAUUCAGAAAAAAAGACUUAUAGAUGGUGAGUGCUCAAUAGCUCGGCUUCCUGAAAAUGCUGAAAGAAACCGGUUCCAGGACGUCCUUCCUUAUGAUAAUACCAGAGUAGAGCUAGUCCCAACCAAAGAAAAUAACACGGGUUACAUCAAUGCAUCUCAUAUCAAGAUCUCUGUUGGUGGCAUAGAGUGGGAUUACAUUGCUACACAGGGCCCUUUGCAGAAUACAUGUCAGGAUUUCUGGCAGAUGAUCUGGGAACAGGGGAUUGCCAUCAUAGCUAUGGUGACGGCAGAGGAAGAAAGUGGGCGAGAAAAAAGCUUCAGAUACUGGCCACGACUUGGUUCAAGACACAACACUGUAACAUAUGGAAGAUUUAAGAUUACCACACGAUUCCGUACUGACUCAGGCUGCUAUGCAACUACUGGUUUGAAGAUUAAACAUCUUCUCACAGGACAGGAGAGAACAGUUUGGCAUCUGCAGUAUACUGACUGGCCAGAGCAUGGCUGUCCAGAGGAUUUAAAGGGAUUUCUCUCAUACUUGGAAGAGAUACAGUCAGUGCGGCGCCAUACGAACAGCACCGCGGAUCCUAAAAACACUAAUCCUCCUGUACUGGUACAUUGCAGUGCAGGCGUAGGACGGACAGGAGUGGUCAUACUGUCAGAGAUCAUGAUCGCUUGCUUGGAACACAACGAGAUGCUGGACAUCCCAAGAGUGCUGGACAUGUUGAGGCAGCAGAGAAUGAUGAUGGUGCAGACUCUUUCGCAGUACACUUUCGUCUAUGGAGUUCUCAUUCAGUUUCUCAAAAGUUCUAGACUUAUAUAAUCCCUGCCAUUUCCUAAGGGACAUGGCAAAAGUUUACAUAAAGAAAAUUGCAGUUGUCUAGGCAGACCUGCUCUCACUGGUGGUUUCUUCAUAUGAUGAAUCACACAGUUAACUUUUAGGGCUGGUAU